GAAGUAAAUAUUACGAUUAUACAGUUCUCAGCUGCAACUGAAGGUCAAAACAGGUCCCAGAAUUCGCUUCUCUGAAAUCAGUUUAAGAGUUCAAUAAAAGGAGCCUAGGAGCUUCAAGCUAGUUGUGUCGUUCAGCCGACAUUGGGGUCAUUUUGGGAGAUUACAGUGUUGUACCAAACCGUCUGGAAGAUGCUGAUCGCUGUAUUGACGCGCCAUCACGUACUCAGCGAAUGAAAAACAUCAAUCUUGAUUCUUAAAAUAUGCUCGGGUCAUUCUUUUCUGCAUCGUGUUGAGAUCCACGUACGCCUUUACACGAUCGUCCUGAGGAUGUGUCUGCUUUCUUUAUCGUUCGCUGCGCCUCAUUGUCCUGUUCCAGGUGGGACGAGCACAGUGGGACGUCACUGAGGGACGUGAUGCCUGUUGAGAGCGGAAAUAGCGUAGCUGCCCGUCAAGCCAAGCAGAAGCGCAAGUCACACAGCCUCUCCAUCCGGAGGACGAACAGCACGGAACAAGAGCGUCCGGCUGGCCACAGAGACAUGCUGGAGGGACAGGACUCCAGGUUGCCCAUGCCUCUGAGGAGCAACUUGCUGGAUUUGUUUGGACAGAUCGAACGCGAGUUUGAGAAUCUCUACCUUGAAAACCUUGAACUGAGGAGAGAAAUCGAGUCUCUGAAUGAACGUUUGGCAGGUGAAGGCCAGACCGUCGAUGGAGGGGAUCUGGGCAAAGGAGCCCUGAAGACUAAAGCCAGUCACAGCACAAGCCAGCUGUCCCAGAAACUGAAGACCACUUACAAAGCUUCCACCAGCAAGCGUUCAAAUUCUUUCCACGGCAAAGUAGGCGGACCUCGCAACUUCAAUGUGGGGAACUGGGAAUUGUGGGGUGGAGAUUCAUGGAUCGUAUCCAGUUUCAAAGCCACCACGUCACGGGCUGUUUGCCAGCUGGUGAAGGAGUACGUGGGCCACAGAGAUGGCUUAUGGGACCUGAGUGUGACCAGGACGCAGCCACUCGUCCUGGGCACCGCCUCGGCGGACCACUGCGCCAUGCUUUGGAGCAUCGAGACAGGGAAGUGUCUUCUGAAGUAUGCGGGCCAUGCUGGAUCAGUGAACUCGAUCAAGUUCCACCCCACCGAGCAGAUGGCCCUGACAGCGUCUGGUGACCAGACGGCUCAUAUCUGGCGCUACAUGGUGCAGCUGCCUCUGCCUCAGCCGCUGGCCGACACCAGUGCCUCGCAGGACGACGACGUGGAUUUCUCCGACAAGGACGAGGCCGAGGGGGAGGCAGAUGGGCCGAGCGAGUGCCCCACCGUGCGCGUGGCCAGCACUACCCUCAAGAGCCACCAGGGGGUGGUCAUCGCUGCCGACUGGCUGGUCGGCGGGAAGCAGGUGGUCACCGCGUCCUGGGACCGGGCUGCCAACCUGUACGACGUCGAGACCUCCGAACUCGUGCACACCCUCACAGGUCACGAUCAGGAGCUGACCCACUGCUGCACCCACCCAACCCAGCGGCUGGUGGUGACCUCAUCCCGUGACACCACCUUCCGGCUGUGGGACUUCAGAGACCCCUCCAUCCACUCAGUCAACGUCUUCCAGGGUCACACCGACACCGUGACAUCGGCUGUGUUCACGGUGGGAGACAACGUCGUGUCGGGCAGCGAUGAUCGCACCGUCAAGGUGUGGGACCUGAAGAACAUGCGGUCGCCCAUAGCGACCAUACGCACCGACUCGGCCGUCAACAGGAUAAGUGUGUCUGCCAACCAAAGAAUCAUCGCUCUGCCACACGACAACAGGCAGGUCAGGCUGUUUGACAUGACCGGGGUACGACUGGCCCGCCUCCCCCGUAGUAACAGACAGGGCCAUCGGCGAAUGGUGUGCUGCUCUUCCUGGAAUGAGGAAAACCAGACGUGUAACCUGUUCACCUGCGGCUUUGACCGCCAGGCCAUCGGAUGGAACAUCAACAUCCCUGCACUGCUGCAGGAGAAGUGAACACACACACGAACACACACACGCGCGCUCUCUCUCUCUCUCUCUCUCAUGCUGUACAAAGACAUGCUUGCACAAAGCUAAAGGAGGCACAUCUCUGCGCACACGCUCUCUCAUAUGCUGUACAAAGACACACUUGCACAAAGCUAAAGAAGGCACAUCUCUGUGCACACACACGCCCUGCGUGUCAUGCUAUUUGUGUGUGAUUUUUAUGCCAGUGCUUCUUUGCCUUUGGUCUCUUGAUCAGAAUUGUUUGUUUGUUUGUUUGUUUUAAAUAGCCGUUAGUCCUCCAGGGAGGUGGCUUGGUUAGGCGCGCUACCUCCAACAGACGAUCCGCUCCCGGAGCUCGCCGGUCCGCACCGCCGUGCCGUGUCCUUAUUCUAGACGAUCAGUUCCAUGUUGCCGUUUCAGUGGGAUUUUUCUCUCAUGGUGUCAGUAGUUUCUCUCAUAGACCCAGGGUGGGAGGAAGUGGGAGGAGCUAUGGCCUGGGCUGGGAGGGGCAUGGGCCCUGGCGCUUUGGGUGUUGCUGACAUACUUGCAUUCGGUUCAUAACCUUGAUUUGUGUAUUUUGUCUAAUUUUCCAGGGGGGUCUGUGUAUAUAUGAAACUUUUUUUUUUUAAUUGUUUGCAAUCACCAUUUUAGAUAUUUUUGCAUUUUGAAAAGUCCAGCUUUGCUUGAUGUGCUAUUAAAUAUAGAACCGUAUAUGUGAAAGGACAGUUGGCAGUCAUUCUGUAAAAUGAGCCCUUUUCGCCUGACAGGCAGUGCUUCUUAGUUCGUCUGCACGGGCAAGAAAGACAUGUCUGAGCCUCUGAUUUAAGACACGAUCCCGUCGUGACCGCUGUAUAAAUUUGAUUUUUCACACGUGAAUAAUAUAAAUGUGAACGUGAUGAGGCAGUUUGUGAGUAUGGUUGACAGUGUUUAUAGCCCUAAUACUUCUCAAGUCCUGUGGUGUCUGUGUUAAAGGGUUUAAUUUGAUUUCAAGGACCUUUUUUUUUUUAAUGUCUCAUAGAACAGAUCCAUUUGGAUCACCUGUUGGUCAGAAGAAUGGACCAGAUGCAUCAAAUUGAAACAUUUCUUCUCUUGCUGUUGUCUUUAGCCAAAAUAUUUCAGCAGUGACUAGAUUAGACAUUAUGGAACGAAUUGAGUACUAGGCCAGAUGAGCCAUGCUAGUUUAACCGGGCAUCUGUUUAACUCGCCUCUGGGUUCUUUGUCAUUUUCACCACAGCAGAACUAAAACAAGGAGAAGUUCAGGCAGUUGCCUAAAUAAAGUGUUAAAGCCACUUUAAUACUAAAGUGUUGGGGCCGAUAGGCGGAGGAGACUGUUGCAUCCGUUUCAAAAGAACCUUUAAAGGUAGUAUAUAACUGACUGAGGUCUGUAUGUAAAUAAAUGUCCUUUACAAAACCUGAAA